AUGUUUGUCCAUUCUAGUGCUUUGGAAGUACCAUGGGAACAGAGGACAGGCCUCGCCAUUAUCUUCCCCAUCACCCCCACCCUCAUGACCAACGGCUUCGCCUCCCUCGCCGCCGGACACCGUGUGGACUGUACGGCAUUCUCCCCCGCCGACUCCCCCCGCGAGUGCGUGGACGCGCACGGCACCGUGGUGAUGUGGAUGAGCUGGACCAACUUCAUCUCCUCCUCACUCUUGACGUUCUUGUGCGCCCCCUUCGUGGGUCAGCUCAGUGACCGAAUCGGCCGGAAGCCCUUCAUGCUGAUCGGCGUGGGGCUUAUGUUCCUGCCACUGCUGGUAAUCCUGCUGCACCUACAUGAUGUUCUGCCGAUAUAUUGGUACUAUCCCGCCUCUGCCGUUGGUGGUGCCGUAUCUUCCUUCACCAUGACUCUCACCUCAGUGGCGGACCUCAUGGAGCAAAAACACAGCGCCGCCAGCAGCGACGGCGCCGCCAGCAGUGCCACUUCUGGGGCCGACGGCGGCGGCGGAAGGUUGGCGGGACUGUCCAGCGGCUUUGCCGUAAUUCGCCACUCGCCCUUCUAUCGCCGCAUCGCCUUAAUCUGGGUCGUCGUGUCGAUGACGUGGGAGGGCGCGGGGGAGUUAUUAAUGCAGUACUUGCAGUACAAGUUGGGGUACAACACCACUGAUCAGGCCCACGUGCUGACCGUCCUGGCCUCGGGGGGCUUGGUCGUGAAGCUGGGUUUCCUUGCCUUCCUGGUCCGCUGGCUGGGAGAGCGCCGUCUUCUUGCGUUCGGCCUGGCCGCCUACGCCGCCGAGUGCCUGGCGCUGGCGGCGGCGCCCACCAAGGCUGCGGGGCUGGCGGCGGUGUCGAUAGGAUCGUUGAGUUCGACUGCGGGUGUAGACCCGCACCACCAGGGGGCGGUGUUCGGGGCGCUGCAGGCCAUCAGCUCCAUGGCCUCAGGUCUGGGACCCCUGCUGUUCGCCUCAGUGUUCGCCCAGGUCACCCGCGCCCCCCCACCACCAGGCGACCCGCGGCCCCCCAACCCCCUGGCCCACAUGCCGGGCCUGGUGUGGUACCUGGCGGCAGCGAUGACGGCAGUGGCCAUCGCACUCGCGCUCAGCCUGCCGGAGCAGCUUCCCGGUCGGGGACUCCGCGGCAAAAAGGGCCCACACGCAAGAGCUGCAAAGCCGCAGCGACAGCAAUCCGCCGCUGCAGGGGCACCUCACUCGCCGCAGGCGGCAGCCGGAGAGGACUCCUGGACACCCGUGGAUGCGCCCCCACCUGCCACACCGGACGGCUACAAGCCCAUCGUCACUGCCGUACUGUCCUGCACCCCCCAAGAGCUGUACGGCAUUUUGUUCUCCAGCUCCGGAACCGAACUUUUCCUGAGGCAGCACAGGGAGAUUGGCGGGCAGUGGGACGUGGUGGCCACGGCGUGGCGGCGCGCGCCGACGGCCGCAGUGUCGAUCGGUACGGCGGCGGGGAAGGAUGCCGAGGGCAGUACGGCAAGCGCGGCGGUGGCGGCGGCGGACGGCAGUUUGCUGGGUCCACAGAGCGUGUUCGAAUGGGUGCUCGGCAAGCCAGGCUCCGGCGGCGCCACGUUCACCCGGCUGCUGACGUUCUGGAACCCUCGAAAGCCGCCCAGCAGCACCGACACGCGGUGCGUCCAGCGGCAGCAGUUCUGCGUGUACGAGGGCGGGAUGUUGCUGUUCGCCACCGCCAUGAACAUGCUGGACAUACCCUUCAAGGAGUGCUUCACGGUCAAUUCCCUUUGGCGCACUAAACCAGGGGCACGGCCUGGCACCACCGAGCUUACCAUCCAUAUGAAAGUUCACUUUGUGAAACGCGCGAUGGGGGUUGGUGGCAUCAUCUCCGCCACCACCAUCCGGGACUCCACCUCCUUCUACAACGCCUUCAUCGCCAACGUAGAGACCCACAUCAAGGCAAUACGCCAGCAGGCCGCAGCGCCCCUGCCAAAACCGCUGCCCGUGUCGGCGCCCGUCGGCGGUUCCGUCCCCGGUACCCCCCGCCGCUCCCGCAGUGCCGCCGCCGCCGCCGCCGCCGCGGGGGGGAUAGCGCCACAGGCCCCGACUGCCGCCGCAGCGCCAGCACCGGUAGCGGGGGCCCACUUGCGGCAGCCCCUGCCCAUCUGGAAGCAAUCUCUUGCCAACUUGGCGGGCAACCUCGAACGCUAUGCUGAGGCGGUUGCCGAUGCCCUGGUUGAUGUAUGGCAUGGCAAGGCUUCCGCAGAGCAGGCCUUGCAGAUGCUUGACAGUGAGGCCCUAUCCGAAGCCACCCCUGAAAGGUGCCAGGUGCAGUCGUUCACCAUCUAUGCGCGCACCUGUUUAAUGUUGUGGCCCACUCAGGUCAUAUGGCACGACGCGCUGCUGCCGGAUAAGGCCCUGGUGGGCCGAUAUCAACUACAGGAGCUGGUGGAUCUGUUCCGCGGGGCGAUGUCCGACCUGAGUCUGCAGCUGCAGCGGCCCCUGCACACGGGGGAACAGGGGCUGGUGCUGGGCUACUGGAAGGCUACUGGUACACACACGGGUGCCUUGGGACCCUCCCUGCCCCCGUCCGGAGCUACGGCUUCCUGGGAGGGAAGCCUCGUAAUCCGUACGGCACAGCCUGUACAGGGCUUGGCGUCAGCGGCACCAACUAACGAUGAGGUGGCCACGGCGACGGCGCCACCCAACGACGACGACGACGACGGCGGCGAGGCCGCCAGCACCGUCCCGGAGCUGCUGCGGGGGGUGGAGGUGUGGUGGUCCUGGGAUCCCAUCUUCUUGUACCGCCAGCUCGGCUGGCAGCAGCAGCAGGGACACCAAGAGGAGCCGCAGGGCCCCGAUGGCGGGGCUGCUGUGAAGGAGGCGCGAAGGCCUUCAGCGGCGGAGGGUGAUUUGGCGAUGCGUACGGCAGCGGUAGCUCGGAACGCCUUCGCCACAGAGGCGGAGGCGGCGGAAGCGGCUGCCGCUGCGGUCGCCGCCGCGGCGGAGGCGCAGGCGCAUUUUGCGGAGUCCCCGGAGGCCCUGGCGGCGGCCCAGGCUGCGAACCGCGCGGUGGUGGAGCUGUACUUCCACACAUACAAUACAGGCAAUUACAAGGUCCUGGAUCACAUCGUACACCCGGAUUAUCAGUACGACGGGCUGCUGGAUCUGGGCGACAGACGAGGUCGCGAGGCCAUGGAAGCCAUGAUGGGCGGCUGGCGGGACUGCCUCCCCGAUCUUGCCAUAGGGCACGAGCUGUUUGCGGCGCUGGGGUUCGACAAGGUCACCUUCCGCUGGGUCAUACGGGGCACACACACCGCUGCGGGCAGCAAGCUGCUGGGGGUGCCAGCCGCCGGGGCGCCGCUGCUGGUCCGCGGCGUCACCACUCUGACGCUGCGCGGCGGCCGCAUCGCACGGAAGGUCUCCCACGCCAACGCGGCUCACACUUUGCAGCAGCUGGGGGCGGCAGUGCAUCCCGCUAUCACUUUGCCGCUGCAGACGGCGGAACUGCAACCGAAGCAGGAAUAG